AUGCCCCCCGCCAAUACCCCUGCGCGUCGCGUCGCGCCAUCGUCAUCUGCCUUCUCAACCUCGGCCACCACCAACAUCCUCCUCUUCCUGAUCGCCUUUCGCAUUCUCAAUGCCUUUACCCUUCGCACCUUCUUCCAGCCAGAUGAAUUCUUCCAAUCUCUGGAACCCGCAUGGCAGAUUGCCUUUGGCAAGGAGCAGGGCGCCUGGAUAACGUGGGAAUGGCGCUAUCAACUGCGCUCCUCGUUACACCCGCUCCUCUUUGCCGCCAUCUAUAAGACCUCCGAUUUCCUGGCCGCCACCCUUCACCUCUCCCCCGCCACCAGCGCGGAACUCCUCGUCGCCAGCCCCAAGGUCGCGCAGGCCAUCGUCGCGGCCAUCGGCGAUUUCUACACUUGGAAACUAGCGACCCGCAUCUACGGGAGAGAUUCACGCGGGUCGUGGACAACGUUACUCGUCACACUUCUCAACCCUUGGCAAUGGUUCUGCUCGACGAGAACCUUGUCAAAUUGCCUGGAAACUACAAUCACCAUUGUCGCGUUGGACCUUUGGCCCUGGCGGUGGUCCGCAGGAGGAUCUUCAUCCGGCGAUAGCCGCAAGGAUGAGAGGGGCACGGCCGCGGAUCGAGCGCUCCUGUCAAGAUCGGCCGUUCUCGCUGUGUCCGCCGUCGCAGACCGUCUCUUCUACGGAUUAUGGACAUUCCCGCCGCUGAGAUUUCUAUACUUCAACAUCGCGCAAUCGCUGGCUGUCUUUUACGGCCGAAAUGACUGGCACUACUAUUUGUCGCAGGGCCUGCCUCUUCUUCUGACGACGGCAUUGGUCCCCGCCCUUUUCGGCCUUUACCAAACAUUGAGAAAUCGAAGCUUCUCUACCACCGACAGACUGCAGACAGUGACCCGAAUUCAGCUGGCAACGAUCUGCUUGGUGAUGCCUUUCGUCCUGUCCUUGAUCUCGCAUAAGGAAGUACGCUUCAUCUACCCGCUACUUCCAGCACUCCACAUCCUCGCAGCGCAGCCGCUAGUUCAGUUCUUUGCCCCGGCCAUCUACUACAGAUCCUCGCCGGCAUACACUCCACAAAGACUGCUCCUCAUCUUCCUGAUCCUAGUCAAUGCAGUGAUAGCAUUUUACACGAGUGUAUGGCACGCCUCAGGGGUCCUCAACGUCAUGACCUACCUCCGCCACCAGCACGAAGUCCACGCACUCGAACCAGACUCGUCAUUUUUCUCCGACUCAAUCCCCAAGGGAAUAACUGCAGGCUUCCUUAUGCCAUGCCAUAGCACCCCCUGGCGAUCCCAUCUCGUCUACCCAACAAUCUCCGCCUGGGCCCUAUCCUGCGAACCCCCAAUCGACUUCAGCGAGUCCGAGAAAGCCGUCUACCGCGACGAAGCAGAUCAAUUCUACGACGACCCAGCUCAAUUCCUCCGCGACAACAUGGCCGGCGGCCUUCGCCAUCUCCCCACCAGACCAAGCUACACCUCCACAACACCCGCCGACCCCUCCCUCUCCGGCUCCAAAAACCAACAUGAAUGGCCAGACUACCUAAUCUUCUUCCAACAACUCGAGCCAACCCUCCAACCCCUCCUCCGCAUGUCCUUUUACCGAGAAUGCUGGCGCACACAUAAUACAGCCUGGCACGACGACUGGCGCCGCACAGGCGAUGUCAUCGCCUGGUGCCUCGACACAUCCGAACAAGACAAAUGGCGCGAAACACAACGUCAAAAUCACCAGUCCCACCAACGCUGGGCCAGCGCAACAAAUGCGCUCACCAAUACACGCGAAUUCCAUUUCGACCGCAUGCUGGAAGCGCUAAAGAAUUCCGAAACCCAGCCCCAAAAUACUCCCGGUUGGAGCUGCCUCAGUUUUCUCCCCGGUCGCUCGACAUUCUCAUUCUCCGCGCCCUGGUCUUCAAACCAGCCUACCCUGCGCGAGAAAUUCGCUGCAUGGCGCCGUGGGGUGACGGCAUAUUUUGGACCCCGGCCCUCGAGGAUUUGGAAGUUGGGGAGGUCGACGCCGAAUAUUAGGGACUGGAUUCCGGAUCCUUGGUGCUUUUUUUCUUGGAGGUGGUGGGUUUUUGGGGAGUCGUUGGAACUUACUAGGGAGCGGGAGUUAUAUUCUUGA